CGCACAAGAGCCUAGCUCUGAGCAUUCACUGCAUUGAAAUGAAACCCGACUGAUCUUGGAAGUAGCUAACAAAAUGAGGAAGAAGAAAACGAUCCGAGUUGUGAAUUCUGUUUGUAAUAUCAAGUCUCCAGCGGUCGCUCCAAUUCAAGUCGACGACAAGAAUCGCAAAGUUUCCUCAGUUGUAGAGAGUCUGUUUCUUCCUGGUCAACAAAGAAUAGGACGACUCGGCAUUCUUAACAGGUUAUAUACGACUGUGGUUCUCAUAGCGUGCAUCGUAACUGCCGGCGUGUUCGUGACGAGAGCGUGGGAUAAGUUCUCCAUGACCCCCAUCGUGGUAAACGUGGAGACCACGAAUUAUCCGCUCUACAAACUGCAAUUCCCUGCAGUUACCAUCUGCCCUGCGAACACUGUCAAGAAAACUACCGGCGAGGAGCUGCUUUCCAGGUACCUGAACAUGAGUCUAGAUAGCGAACUGCGAAAGGAUCUCUGGAACUUUAUGAGUGCCCUCGCCAAAUGCCAGUAUCCGUUCUACUUCCGAAUGCAAGAACAUCUCCAGCAAAUUCACAGCUUGCUUCCACAAUUCGCAGACUUCAACGUGUCUCGUUUCAUGCUCCAGGUGUUGCCCACGUGCUCGGAACUCAUGGACCGUUGUUUCUGGAUGGGAAAUGAAGUGAACUGCUGCGAAAUUUUUAAUCUUCAGAGGACAGAGGCUGGUUUCUGCUACUCAUUUAACUCACUCACAUCCGAGAAGACAUGGAAUUGUGAAGGAACAGACGAGUUUUUCCGACCUUCAAAAACUUACAAAGAGAGCAAUGAAUCCAGCAAAUGUGAACCACGUCACAACAUCGCUUCCGGGACAACCACGGGAUUAGAAGUGUUCUUGAAGCCUUCAAAACCUGAGGACUCACUGCAAGAUGGCCAACGUGACAAGGCUGGGACUAGGGUUUAUGUCCACCUUCCUGUCCAGUUGCCUGAGGCUGGGACCGGGGUCCUAAUGCCCGAAGAGCAGGCUAAAGUGUUCAGUGUUGAGGUGACUCCCUCCGUGACAGAAAGCAGUCUCAAUGUCCGGGCACUCAGUGUCUCUGAGCGCCAGUGUCUCUUCCCUGACGAGCGGCGUCUCUCAGUAUUCAACACAUACACCGAGAAGAACUGCCUCCUGGAAUGUAGGCUCAGCAACAUAGCUCGAUUCUGUGGUUGCCUCCCGUAUUUCUUCAGCGCACUCACAGCAGACAAUGUUCCUGAAUGUAACUUGACACAACUUUGGUGCUUGUCAGAUCAUAACCUUGAAUUGCGAAUCAUCAAGCCUCCAAAGGGAGCGCCAGGGUUCGAGAAUAUAACGGCUAUUGACUGCGCUGAUUGUCUGCCCACAUGCCACGACAACCGCUAUGACAUCCACUACAGUUAUAAAGACGAUGGUAACCCAUACGCCAAGGGCAGUGGUGGUUACCUGGAUGUGUUCUAUAAGGAUGUCAGCGCAAUUAAGUAUCGCCAGCAACUGGCUUUCGAUGUCAUGGAUCUGGUUGUUUCCUUUGGAGGCGUGGUGAGCCUGUUUCUGGGGAUCAGCUUGCUGAGUGUAUUCCAGUUUAUCUGCCUUUGCACUUUGCGAUGUGUUAUGGUCUAUCAAUAUAUGCGUCAACAUACUGACAUACACAGACGAGCGUGGAUCGAUUAGUGAACAAAAUGUCUUAUCACCUUGCUGCUGCAAAUGGCGACUUUCAUAAAAACUAGUAAAAAAUGUUGUGACGAUGUAUAAUGUCUAGGUUACAAAACUGAUUGGCAACUUCAAUAGUUCACCGAUAUGAAGUCGAAACAGUUCGAGAAUAUUCGGCAUUCCGCUGAGAUAAGAAGACAUACACGUAGUUACCUCUCUUCAGACCAUUGCGCCCAGACAAUACCUGUAACUUGCGCAUGUCUCUGUAUGAUAAUGAUGUUGGUGUUAAUCUAGAAGAAGAGAGACUGAUAGAAAUAUUUCUUAUAAAUUCUCCUUAGUUCUGUUCUUUGGGAAAAUGUUAUACGAAUAGAAUUAUUUCCAUACAAGUGACGUACAGAAAUUGUAGUGUUCUUUAAUGGUGCGUCUGUCUAAUUUCUUUGUAGAUACACGUUUUUGGUAACUUCAUUUUACAGAAUAAUGAA